AUGCGAGUUUGUGGGAUGCUUGGGACUUACGGCCCAGAAGUGUUGCUGCGCGAUUUGGAGCGGGAUGAGGACAGUCUGAGCGAGAAGGCGCUCGAUGCCGAGCUGCGCUGCCACGAGCUGUCCGAGGAGCGUUACCUGGCCAAGGUGAAAGCCCUCCUGCGCCGGGAGCUCGCGGCAGAGAAUGGCGACGCGGCCACUUUGUUCCCCCGCGCGUCCAAUGGCUGCGCCAGGAACAGCGAGGAGGAGUGGGAGCGAGGCGGGGGGGGGGAGGACGGAGCCAUGGAGGUGGAGGAAGCAGCCGCCUCCUCCUCUUCCUCCUCCUCUUCUUCUUCUUCUUCCUCGUCCUCCUCCUCUUCCUCUUCUCUCCUCCCGGCACCGCGGGCUCGCAAAGCGCGGCGGAGCCGAUCCAACGGGGAGAGCAAAAAAUCUCCUGCCACUUCCCGCGUCACCCGCAGCUCCGGCCGGCAGCCCAGCAUCCUGAGCGUGUUUUCUAAAGGGUCCACCAAAAGGAAAUCGGAGGAGUUGAACGGGGCUGCGAAGCCGGAGGUGAGCACCGAGAAGGACGAGGAGGAGGAGGAGGAGCUGGAGGAGAAGGAACAGGACGAGAAGAGGAUUAAAAUCGAAACCAAAGAAGGAUCUGAGAUAAAGGAUGAAAUUACUCAGGUUAAAACCUCAACGCCCGCCAAAACCACCCCUCCCAAAUGCGUCGACUGCCGGCAGUACCUCGACGACCCCGACCUCAAAUUCUUCCAAGGGGACCCCGACGAUGCGCUGGAGGAGCCCGAAAUGCUGACGGAUGAGCGCCUGUCCAUCUUCGACGCCAACGAGGACGGCUUUGAGAGCUACGAGGAUCUGCCGCAGCACAAAGUCACCUCCUUCAGCGUCUACGACAAACGCGGCCACCUGUGCCCCUUCGACACCGGGCUGAUCGAGCGGAACAUCGAGCUGUAUUUCAGCGGGGCUGUGAAGCCCAUCUACGACGACAACCCGUGUUUGGAUGGUGGGGUGAGGGCCAAAAAGUUGGGACCCAUCAACGCGUGGUGGAUCACGGGCUUCGACGGAGGGGAGAAAGCGCUCAUUGGGUUCACCACAGCCUUCGCCGAUUACAUCCUGAUGGAGCCCAGCGAGGAGUACGCGCCCAUCUUCGCCCUGAUGCAGGAGAAGAUCUACAUGAGCAAAAUCGUCGUCGAGUUCCUGCAGAACAACCGCGACGUCAGCUACGAGGACCUCCUCAACAAGAUCGAGACCACCGUCCCUCCCGUGGGGCUGAACUUCAACCGCUUCACAGAGGAUUCGCUCCUGCGGCACGCGCAGUUCGUGGUGGAGCAGGUGGAGAGCUACGACGAGGCUGGAGACAGCGAUGAGCCCCCCGUCCUCAUCACCCCCUGCAUGAGGGACCUCAUCAAGUUGGCCGGGGUCACCCUGGGGAAGAGGCGUGCUGUGCGGCGCCAGGCCAUCCGUCACCCCACCAGGAUCGACAAGGACAAAGGCCCCACCAAGGCCACCACCACCAAGCUGGUGUACCUCAUCUUCGACACCUUCUUCUCGGAGCAGAUCGAGAAGGACGAGAGGGAGGACGAUAAGGAGAACGCCACGAAGCGCCGGCGCUGCGGCGUCUGCGAGGUCUGCCAGCAGCCCGAGUGCGGGAAGUGCAAGGCGUGCCAGAACAUGGUGAAGUUCGGGGGCAGCGGCCGCAGCAAGCAGGCGUGUCUGCAGAGGAGGUGCCCCAAUUUGGCGGUGCGGGAGGCAGACGAGGACGAGGAGGUGGACGACAACAUCCCCGAGAUGCCCUCCCCCAAAAAGAUGCUGCAAGGGAGGAAGAAGAAGCAGAAUAAGAGCCGCAUCUCCUGGGUGGGGGAACCCAUCAAGAGCGAUGGGAAGAAGGACUUCUACCAGAGGGUCUGCAUUGACUCUGAGACCCUGGAGGUGGGGGACUGCGUCUCCGUCAGCCCCGACGAUCCCACCAAGCCCCUCUACCUCGCCAGGGUGACAGCCAUGUGGGAGGACAGCAGCGGGCAGAUGUUCCACGCCCACUGGUUCUGCCCCGGUUCCGACACCGUCCUGGGGGCCACCUCGGACCCUCUGGAGCUUUUCUUGGUGGACGAAUGCGAGGACAUGCAGCUGUCCUACAUCCACGGCAAAGUCACCGUCGUCUACAAACCCCCGUCGGAGAACUGGGCCAUGGAGGGUGGGUUGGACAUGGAGAUCAAGAUGGUGGAGGACGACGGGAGGACGUACUUCUACCAGAUGUGGUACGACCAGGAGUACGCGCGCUUCGAGACGCCGCCCCGGGUGCAGCCGACGGAGGACAACAAAUACAAGUUCUGCAUGAGCUGUGCACGGCUGGACGAGGUGAGGCACAAAGAGAUCCCCAAAGUGGCCGAACCUCUGGAGGAAGGUGAUGGGAAGAUGUUCUACGCCAUGGCCACCAAGAACGGGGUGCAGUACCGCGUCGGUGACGGCGUCUACCUCCUGCCCGAGGCCUUCUCCUUCAGCAUGAAGCCCGCCAGCCCGGCCAAGCGCCCCAAAAAAGAGGCUGUGGAUGAAGAUUUGCACCCCGAGCACUACCGGAAGUACUCAGAGUACAUCAAGGGCAGCAACCUGGAUGCCCCCGACCCUUUUCGCGUGGGACGCAUCAAGGAGAUCUUCUGCCACAUCCGCAGCAACGGGAAACCCAACGAGGCCGACAUCAAACUGCGCAUCUGGAAGUUCUACCGCCCCGAAAACACGCACAAAUCCAUGAAGGCCACCUACCACGCCGACAUCAACCUCCUGUACUGGAGUGAUGAGGAGACGACGGUGGACUUCCGCGCCGUGCAGGGCCGCUGCACCGUGGUGUACGGCGAGGACCUGACCGAGAGCAUCCAGGAUUACUCGGCCGGGGGGCUGGACAGGUUCUAUUUCCUGGAGGCGUACAACGCGAAAACGAAGAGCUUUGAGGAUCCGCCCAACCAUGCGCGGAGCUCUGGGAAUAAAGGGAAGGGGAAGGGGAAAGGGAAAGGGAAAGGCAAAGGGAAAUCGUCGUCCGCCUGUGAGCAGAGCGAACCCGAACCCGCUGAGCUGAAGCUGCCCAAACUGCGCACCCUGGACGUGUUCUCUGGCUGCGGGGGGCUCUCCGAGGGCUUCCACCAGGCAGGCGUAUCGGAGACGCUGUGGGCCAUCGAGAUGUGGGAGCCGGCGGCGCAGGCGUUCCGCCUCAACAACCCCGGCACCACGGUGUUCACGGAGGACUGCAACGUUCUGCUCAAGUUGGUGAUGUCCGGCGAGAAAACCAACUCUCUGGGGCAGAAACUGCCUCAGAAAGGGGACGUGGAGAUGCUCUGUGGGGGACCCCCAUGCCAGGGCUUCAGCGGCAUGAACCGCUUCAACUCCCGCACCUACUCCAAGUUCAAGAACUCCCUGGUGGUCUCCUUCCUCAGUUACUGCGAUUAUUACCGCCCGCGCUUCUUCCUCCUGGAGAACGUCCGCAAUUUCGUCUCCUUCAAACGUUCCAUGGUGCUGAAGCUGACGCUGCGCUGCCUCGUCCGCAUGGGCUACCAGUGCACCUUCGGGGUCCUGCAGGUGGGUUUGGGGCAGGAGGAGCCGAGCCGUGGUGACCAAGAGGGCCGAUGGUGGCCAGCUGGGUCGACUGUGAGCCAUCAGUGUGCCCUCGUGGCCACAAAGGCCAUCGGGGUCCUGGUUGACCAAUGGUUGACCAGCAGUUGCUCAUUGGUUGCCCAAUGGUUGCCCAACUGGUUGCCCAUCAGUUGCUCACUGGUUGGCCAACUGGUUGACCAACUGGUUGCCCACUGGUUGCCCAUCAGUUGCCCGCCAGUUGCCCACCGGUUGCCCAUCAGUUGCCUAUUGGUUGCCUAUCAGUUGCCACUGGUUGCCCAAUGGUUUCCCACUGAUUGCCCACCAGUUCCCCAACGGCUCCCCACUGGUUCCCCAACGGCU